UAUAUAUCAUCUGACACUUAUAAUCAGCUCAUCGAAGAUGAUGUAUGCAUACUUAAAAUCAAUGAAUAUCAUUGUACCAAGAGAAAAAGUUAGAAAAUUAUUAGCUGAAGUUGAUCCAAUAGGAACUGCUAGUCGUUGGAGUCAGUCCAUUCAAAGAAGAACAUACAGAGUAGCAACUCCAAAUUCUUUGUGGCAUAUGGAUGCUCAUUUGAAACUAUCAAGAUGGGGUUUUGUGAUCCAUGGCUGCAUAGACGGCUAUUCAAGGAUGAAAAUCUAUAUAAAAUGCGAAAUGUCAAUUCAAGCUGAGCCAGUAUUAAAUUUAUUUACGAAUGCUGUUCAGAACUAUGAUUUACCAUCUCGUGUACGUUCAGAUCAUGGAUAUGAGAAUAUUUUGGUAGCAUAUUUGAUGAAUGCUAUACGCGGCUUAGACAGAGGAAGUCACAUCACGGGAAAGUCGGUACAUAAUCAGAGAAUCGAGCGAUUAUGGGUUCAUGUUUAUAAAGAAGUAUGCGACUCAAUUUAUUCAGAGUUGUACUUAUUAGAGGAUGAAGCUUUAUUAGAUAAAGAUAAUAUAACCCAUCGAUUUUGUGUUCAAUAUAUAUAUGAGCCAGUUAUCGAUGAACGACUUGAAUCAUUCAAGUACGCUUGGAAUACUCAUAGUAUUCGCACGGAGCACAAUCAAACUACAGGCAACUGUGGUUUCAAGGAAUUCUGAUUAACUAUAAUAAAAAUUCGACAGCGAUCAACGAUAUUGUAGACAAUGAUGAGGAUUUAUAUACAAGACUUCAAACAUCGCUACGGUCUCUAGGUGUUGAUUUAUCUACUCAGACUAUCUUGCAGAAUCAAGAUAACGCUCUGCCAUCACAGUUUUUAGCAUUAGUUGAAGUUAAUAACGAACAAAAAAGAGAAUUGGAAAAUAUCAA